AUCUGGGCAUGCUUGCCCUCGUUUUGGGUCUCUCGCCUUGAGCUCGAGGAAACGAAAGACGACACCUGGUUUCUCAGCUUUAUUCCCCUCUUGGGCUCUUUGUCCUCUUACAAAGCGGAACCGAAGCUGGGCAGCUCGCGCCGUCCUUCCUGUCUGGUGACCUGUACCUGCGCGGUUCCCACACGCUAGACCAGGGUCUUUUUUUCUUCCUUUUUUAUUUUUUAUCAGGCCCUCCCUACGCCGAUGGUAGCCACCUGAGUCAAGUCCGAUUCCGCAACACACCGACAGACCGACGGCGUGUCAACGCGAGUAUUCUCCCAAAGCGGUACGUAAUUAGUGUCCCUCGUGCAUCCAGUUGCCCACUGUGGAAUCUUGGUGGGAUGCCGGGUAUAAUUCAUGUCAUUUGUGGUCCAUAUAUGCCGGGUGUCCAUCCAGAGAGACAGAAAAAAAAUUGUAGAAAAAGACCAAACAAAAGCCCCUCCUCCACAACAGCCGGUGCCCAUCUCCAUCCCCCUCCCUGCAGCAUCCCCUCCACCUAUAUUUUCCUCGCCUUUUUUUUCCUUUCUCCCCGACUGAUCUAAUAUUAUUCCUCUCUAAAUCAUUCUACCAGACAUACUUGGCUUGAAAAGCUAAUCUCGUACACAGAGCCGGAGUUACAGGACGCUUAGAGAACUUAUCAAACGAACACCGGACUUGAUUGUCUAGCACAGCCCAUACUACGCAGCUGCUUAGGGCCUAGGCAACAGAGCAGGGCAAAAGUCUAGAGCACUCGCUCGACCUACUACUACCUCGGAGCGAUGACAGUGCCACAGGUCCAGGUCGCCCCGAGCACGACAGGAGCUGCCGCUGGGGCGAAGAUGUCCGGGCACGCGGCGGCAUCCCCCGAGGUUGCCCGUGGGUUCGGCACGCUGGCCGUCCACGCCGGCAGCCCGCAUGACCCGACCACGGGAGCUGUCAUCGAGGCCAUCUCGCUGUCCACCACCUUCGCCCAGACAUCGGUCGGCGUGCCCGUUGGCGCCUACGAGUACAGCCGCAGCAGCAACCCCAACCGCGAUAACUUCGAGCAGGCCGUCGCGGCGCUCGAGCACGCGCGCUACGCUCUGGCCUUUAGCUCUGGCAGUGCCACCACGGCCAACAUCCUGCAGUCGCUCGCCUCGGGCUCGCACGUCAUCUCCGUCUCGGACGUCUACGGCGGCACGCACCGCUACUUCACCCAGGUCGCAAAGGCCCACGGCGUCGCCGUCACCUUCACGCCCGAGAUUGAGGUCGACAUCGCCGACCACAUCACCGACAACACCAAGCUCAUCUGGAUCGAGACGCCCAGCAACCCGACGUUGCGCCUGGUCGACAUUGGCGCCGUGGCCGCCCAGGCGCACGCGUGCGGCAUCCUCGUCGUCGUCGACAAUACCUUCCUCUCGCCCUACGUCCAGAACCCGCUCGACCUCGGCGCCGACAUCGUCGUGCACAGCGUCACAAAGUACAUUAACGGCCACAGCGACGUGGUCAUGGGCGUGGCCGCCCUCAACGACGCCGCCCUGGCCCAGCGCCUGCGCUUCCUGCAGAACGCCAUCGGCGCCGUCCCGUCCGCCUUCGACUCAUGGCUGGCCCACCGCGGCCUCAAGACACUGCACCUGCGCGCCCGCGAGGCCUCGCGCAACGCCCUGGCCGUCGCCCGCGCCCUCGAGGCCAGCCCCCACGUCGUCUCGGUCAACUACCCAGGCAUCGAGUCGCACCCGCACCGCGCCAUCGCACUCCGCCAGCACCGCGACGGCCUCGGCGGCGGCAUGCUGUCUUUCCGCAUCCGCGGCGGCCACGGCGCCGCUGAGGCCUUCUGCCGACACACGCGCAUCUUCACCCUCGCCGAGUCGCUCGGCGGCGUCGAGUCCCUGGUCGAGGUGCCCAGCAGCAUGACCCACGCCGGCAUCCCGCGCGACCAGCGCGAGGCCGUCGGCGUCUUUGACGACCUCGUCCGCGUCAGCUGCGGCGUCGAGGACGCUGACGACCUGACCGCCGACGUUCUGAGGGCCCUCGAGCUGGCCGUCUCGGAGCAGCCGCUCAAGAACGGCUCUGCGACGGUGGCCGUCGCCAACGGCUUCCACUAGCCUGCCACGCAGGCCUGGACUAUUCGCCUGGGGGGCUGGCCGACUGAGUACUGCCCGGAGGAUAAGGAAUAUAAAAAGAUAAAAAGGAAGAAAAAAAGGACAGGGAAAUGCAUGAUUUUUUUUUGGGCGUUUGGAUCUUGGAUAUCAAUCCUGCGUCCGCCAGAUGCGGAUUUAUCAGGAUAUAUAUACAUAGUCGGGCGCGCAGCGCAGCACCUCUCGAGGCUCCGUUGGGUAAGGCCAUCUAGAUGGAGCGAGCGUAUUUGAUAUUGUCAUUUUGAGAUUUGCCUCGUCAUAGAUACGUAGAACUGGCGUCUGAACCGUCAUCAUCUAAAGCCAGGUGUCAUCAGCACAUAAAGUUUUAUAUAUCCAGUCUAGACGAAUGAUACCCAACCAUUAACGCCUAGCUAUAAAAGUAGAUGCGGCCCAGGCCAUAUUAACAAUAAUGGGAUCAAAAGCGAGAAAAAUAGCGAGGGAUGAUAACGGACAGCUCGAC